CCGCCUCAGCGCUGCUCCGCAAGCCCUCCUGCUGCCGCUGCCUGCGCCCUACCUGGUCUGUGCUGAGCCCCCAGCCCAGCCGAGCCACGGCCUCUUUCCGGGGAGCAGGCUGAGCGGGUCCAGCCAGGCCACUUCGUCCUGUCCCACCAGGCCAGUGUCUCCCCACCUCUUGGUCCUGGCUCCUCCUCUCCCACCCUCUCCUCUCCUCUCCUCCCCUCACCUCACCUGCAGUGGCCCCUUCCUAGCUACCUGCAUCCUGCCUCACCUCCUGCCAGCCCUUGGCUCACUUGCCAAGUCCCAGGAGCUGGUCACGAGCCUCCUCUGAAGCCUCAGCCAUGAAGCGCCCCUCGGAGCAGGAGGAGGCCCGGCGGCCAGCCUCAGACAUCCGCGUGUUCGCCAGCAGCUGCACGCUGCACGGGCUGGGCCAUGUCUUUGGCCCGGGGGGCUUGACCCUGCGCCGGGGGCUGUGGGCUGCAGCUGUGCUCCUGUCGCUGGCUGCCUUCCUCUACCAGGUAGCUGAGAGGGUGCGCUACUAUGGGGAGUUCCACCACGAGACGGCCCUGGACGAGCGUGAAAGCCACCGGCUCACCUUCCCAGCCAUUACCCUCUGCAAUAUCAACCCACUGCGCCGCUCGCGCCUCACGCCCAACGACCUGCACUGGGCUGGACCCGCACUGCUGGGCCUGGACCCCGCCGAGCACGCUGCCUUCCUGCGUGCGCUGGGUCGGCCCCCGACGCCGCCUGGUUUCAUGCCCAGUCCCACCUUUGACAUGGCACAGCUCUACGCCCGCGCUGGCCACUCCUUGGAGGACAUGCUGCUGGACUGUCGCUACCGCGGCCAACCAUGUGGGCCCGAGAACUUCACUGCGAUCUUAACCAGGAUGGGACAGUGCUACACAUUUAACUCUGGCGCCAAUGGAGCAGAGCUGCUCACCACGCCCAAGGGCGGUGCAGGCAAUGGGCUGGAGCUCAUGCUGGAUGUGCAGCAGGAGGAGUACCUGCCUGUGUGGAGAGACAUGGAGGAGACCCCGUUUGAAGCUGGGAUUCGAGUGCAGGUCCACAGCCAGGAGGAACCACCAGUCAUCGACCAGCUGGGCUUUGGGGCCGCCCCUGGCUACCAGACUUUUGUGUCCUGCCAGAAGCAGCAACUAACCUUCCUGCCUCCACCCUGGGGUGACUGCAGUUCCGUAUCUCUGGACCCCGACUCUGAGCCCGACGCCUCCGAUCCCCUGGGUUCCCCCAGCCCCAGCCCCAGCCCUCCCUACAGCCUAAUGGGCUGUCGCUUGGCCUGUGAGACCCGCUACGUGGUUCGGAAGUGCGGCUGUCGCAUGAUGCACAUGCCUGGAGGCGCGCCGGUGUGCAGCCCCCAGCAGUACAAGGAUUGCGCCAACCCAGCCCUGGACGCCAUGCUGCGAAAGGACGCGUGUGCCUGCCCCAGCCCUUGCACCCUCACACGCUAUGCCAAGGAGCUCUCCAUGGUGCGGAUCCCGAGCCGCGCUGCCGCCCGCUACCUGGCCCGGAAAUACAAUCGCAGCGAGGCCUACAUCGCGGAGAAUGUGCUAGUCUUGGACAUCUUCUUUGAGGCCCUCAACUACGAGACAGUGGAGCAGAAGAAGGCCUAUGAAGUGUCCGAGCUGCUGGGCGACAUUGGGGGCCAGAUGGGGCUGUUCAUCGGGGCCAGCCUGCUCACCAUCCUUGAGAUCUUGGACUACCUCUGUGAGGUGUUUCGAGACAGGGUCCUGGGACAUAUCUGGAACCGAAGGCGCUCCCCGAGGCACUCCAGCACUGAUCUGCUUCAAGAAGGGCUGGGCAGCCAUCGAACCCAAGUUCCCCAUGUCAGCCUGGGCCCCAGGUCUCCCACCCCUCCCUGUGCCAUCACCAAGACUCUCUCUGCCUCCCACCGUACCUGCUACCUCGUCACUCGGCUCUAGCCCUGCUCUCAGCAUCCUGGGGCCCACAUCUCCACAUUCUGGAGUCAGCCUGCACGUGUCUUUGCUAUCUUCACCCCCAA